AUGGCUGAGGCUGUGAGAGGGUCCCGCAAGAGUCGCGCCAAAAGCAGGCCUAAGGAAAAAAAGAAAAAAGGUAGUGAGGAGUCCCAGACCCAGGAGUCUGAUGAUGUCUUCCUCCCUCCUGUGGAAGAAGUGUCUGCGCAAGCCAGUGAAGUGCAACCGGAACAUCACGGAGAGUUUACAGAGAUUUGGCUCGGUGAUGAAGCGGGGGAUGGAGGAACUGAUGUGUAUAAUGUCCCCCGGAGUAAUUCACCUUCAGCUAAUCAAGGGUCUUUGACAGUGUCUCUGGAGCCUCCCACAGAGGCAGAAGAGUUCAAAGCUGCUCCUUCCCACGAAGGGUGUGAGGGGGGUGCUGGGACGGGUGGACAGAGCGGGUUGGACGUAUCUCACCAGCCUGUGGAGGCAGUUGCUAGCACGUCAAGAAACUCUGAUUUAUCGAGUACCUUUUGUUCCAGUGCUGCUGGCUCUCAGGCAGCAGUGGGCUUGAUACAGGACAGAGGAACUGGAGGUGUACAAGAUGUUAAAAAUCCUCUUGUCUGCCCUUCAGAGAGACUUCCUGUUAGUGUCUCACAGCUCUCCGAGAAAUCCAAAGCGUGUGUUCAGCGGCUGGGGUUGAAACCGUCUCACCGAGACCUGUCAGCCGAGGUGUCCUGUGAGAGACCAACUGUUAUAGCGGUGAAACCACUCUUGCACAGCGAGGGGCUGUACCCAGAGCUCUCAACUGAGCCAGAACUGGUGCCAUUUACCAGGGAACAGCUGAAAAUUUUUGAGCCCUAUUCAUGGCUGGAGAACGUUGACUCCUACACAGAGGAAUUUGAAAGCAUUGCUCACCAAGACAGGCAUGAAUUCUACGAGCUGCUCCUGAACUACAUGCGCUGCAGGAAGCAGCUGCUGUUGGCUGAGACAGAGCUGCAGGCUAUGACCACAGACUGCCAAAAUGUGAAGGGGAGAUUAUGGACUUUUAAAGAAGAACAGAAAACUGUGCAGGGUGUCUGUGCAGAUCAGUGCAGAGUGACUGGCCACCACCGGUACCAGACAGUGGAGCUGAAGGAGGGCGUGCUGGGCGAGCUGAAAAAGCUGUUUGAGGCCAAAGCAGAGCAUGUGCAUCAGACACUGGCCCUGCACUCCUACACUUCAGUGUUGUCCCGCUUGCAAGUGGAGUCAUAUGUCUACAGGCUGCUCAGCAGCUCGUCCCUGCUGAGAUCAGUGGCUCUGCAGCAGCAAGAACAAGUUUCAAAGCAGUCAGAAAACCUUUCUUCAGACUUGGGCCACUUAAAGGAGUGCAUCAGUGUCCUUUUCAGCUUUACUCGCAGGGUUAUAGAAGAUCCUCGGUUUCAGAGUGACCUUCUCAUGUGGCUGCAGAGACUGGUGUCAGUGUUGCAGAGAAUUGGCUGCCCAGGUGACCAUCUCUUCCUGUUGAACCACAUCCUUCGGUGUCCAGCUGGCAUCAGUGAGUGGGCUUGUCCGUUCAUUCAGAUCAAAGUCUUGGAUAACCCAUCAGGUAUCUUUCAUUUCAUGCAGUCUCUUGCCUUGCUGAUGUCUCCUGUCAAAAAUAGGGCUGAGUUCAUGUGCCACAUGAAACCAAGUGGAAGGAGAAGUUCCUCUUCAUCUGGGAAGGAAUCUGGAAACUGGACCCUGGUGGAUGAAGGAGGAGAAGAGGAUGAGGAUCCUGAAACAAGCUGGAUUCUGCUUUUGGAAGAUGACUUGAUUGCCCUGUUGUCACAGUUUCCAUUCCAAGAACUCUUUCAGCAGUUCCUUGGGUUUAAGUCUGGAGGUGCUUAUUUUCCUGAAAACACAGCUCCCCAGGAGAUGAUGAAGAUUUUUGCUUUUGCCAACUCCUUAGUGGAGCUUCUGUCUGCAGGGCUGGAAACCUUUAACAGAGCACGGUACCGACAGUUUGUGAAGCGAAUUGGUCAGCUAAUCAAGAUGACACUUUGUCAUGUGAGUGACCACUGGGCCCAGUAUGUUAGUGGCAAUAAAGAAUAUGGAUCAGUAGCACAUCCCUACUCGGUGGAAAAACUGCAGCUGGAGUUUGAUGAGCUGUUUUUCAGAGCUGUUCUACAUGUUCUGAAGGCAAAAAGGUUGGGAGUCUGGUUGUUCAUGUCUGAGAUGCCUUAUGGAACCCUGUCAAGCAACAUGCUUUGGAGGCUCUUCUUUGUCAUGCACUGUGCAGACAGUGAACACCUAGAGAAACUCUGCUCUACUCUACAACCUGCUGACUGCAAACAAAGACUGAAAGACCCAGAGCACCUUGAAAAUUUUGAGGAGUAUCUCAAAUCAAUGAACUGCUCAGAGGAAAUCUGUCUGCUUACCACAUUUGCUCAGAUGGCACAAACAAAGAGGGCUGAUGUUGAUGAGGAUUUCAUAAAAAUCAUUGUUCUGGAGAUAUAUGAAGUUUCCUACCUUAGCCUUUCCACCAGAGAGACUUUUUCCAAAGUGGGCCGAGAGCUCUUGGGAGCAAUUGCCAGCAUCCACACACAGAUGAUUUCUGUCUUGCUGGAUCGAGUCAGAGAGACCAUUGAGAAAGUUGGGAUGGUUUCUUUAUAUCUGUUUAAAGAACUGCCCUUGUACCUGUGGAAGCCUUCUUCGUCCGAGAUAGCAGUGAUUCGUGACUGGUUGUUAAAUUACAGUCUAACCACAGUGGAGAAUAAACUAGCCUGCAUUAUCUUGGAAGGGCUAAACUGGGGAUUUGGUGAGCAUGAUGCUCUUCAUCUGGAUCCAGCUGUCCAUUCUGAAAUUGCCUUGAUGGUCCUGGAAGCAUAUCAGAAAUACCUCUCCCAGAAACCAUAUGCUGGGCUACUUUCUGAAAGCAUAAAACAGGUCUCCUACCUAGCCAGCAUUGUUCGGUACGGCGAAACACCAGAGACCUCUUUCAACCAGUGGGCUUGGAGCUUGGUUCUGAGGUUGAAGCUGCACAGGAAUGACCGUGGCAUGCAGCAGGGCUGGCCUGCAGGCCCCAUGCCUAGCAGCGUGCUCGACAUGACGGAGGCAGUCACGCUUCAUCCCCUCCUGAAGGCCGUUAAAACAAACAUCCCUAUCGGCUGUUACUUGGCACUGGCAAUGACCACAGUGGGUCACAGCAUUGAGAAGUUCUGUGCAGAAGGGAUCCCUCUUCUGGGUGUACUCGUCAAGUCUAGAUACCUGAGGACAGUAGUCCAUGUGCUGGAUAAAAUCUUACCCUUGUUUUAUUCUUGCCAGUAUUACCUCCUGAAGAAUGAACAGUUUUUAUCCUAUGUCCAACUGUUCCUUCACCUGGAUAGUGGAGUGCCUCAAGGCGUGACCCAGCAGGUUACCCAUAAAGUAACACAGCACUUGACAGGAGUGAGCUAUGGGGAAAAUGUUAAGCUGCUCAGUAGUAUGAUACAGACUCACAUUUUAAUAAGUGACCAGCCAACUGGAGUGGGGCCAGCUGCAGUACUGGAGUUCUGGGUCCAAGUCCUCACCAGCCAGCAGCUGUGGCACAGGGACCGGGCAACGCUGUCCUUGCUGGAUGAUUUGUGUAAGGCAGCUUUUCACUACAGUCAAGAGGACUGUGUGCAGAAGCUGCUUUACCAACAACACAAGAAUGCUUUGGGCUACCAUUGUGACAAAAGUCUGCUGUCCUCACUUGUUAGCUGGAUUGUGGCAGGCAAUGUGACUCCUUCCUUUGUUGAGGGCAAUGCCAAUUCCUCUCAGGUCUGGUUUUCAUGGGUGGUGUUAAAUAUGGAGUCAAUGUUUGAAGAAGAUUCUCAGCUUCGCAGGGUGGUGGAGGCAGAGCUGGUGGUUAAUGCUGUGACUCCUGAUCAGGCUUUGAAGAAAGCACAGACCCAGCUGAAGCUGCCCAUUGUGCCUUCUCUUCAGAGGCUCAUGAUUUACCGCUGGGCUCACCAGGCUCUUGCCACCCCUGCUGAUCACCCUCUCAUGCCGCUGAUCUGGCAGAAGUUCUUCCUCCUUUACCUUCACCGACCAGGACCACAGUAUGGAUUACCUGUGGAUGGCUGUAUUGGAAGAUAUUUUUUCCAGAGUGCAGCUCAUGCUACCUUAUUAAAUGAGAUGAAGCAGCGCUUGGUAGAGGUAGCAGACUUCCACCAUGCUGCCAGUAAAGCACUAAGAGUAGAGAGUCCUGCAGAGGGCAGAGACACAUCACCAGAGAAGGCAAACUGCUCACCAGACUACCUGACUUCACCAGAACUGCAUAAGGAACUUGUCAGGCUUUGCAAUGUGUUUGUCUUAUGGCUGGAAGAAGAGAGUUUCCAGAGAGGAGACACUUACAUUCCUUCUUUACCAAAGCAAUAUGAUGCACAUAGACUUGCUAAAGUCAUGCAGAAUCAACAGGAUUUGUGGAUGGAGUAUGUCAACAUUGAGCUUGUGCACCACGAGUUUCAGGAGGCUCUAAACCUUUGGAUGCAGGUUCAGCUGGAGUCACAUAGCACCUGUAUUUCUGCAGGGCAAACAGAUUCUACCAGCCACUUAUCGGCCAAAGAGAGGAUAAUAAAUAAUUUGAAGAAGUUUGAUACUCCCAAGCCCCCUCUUCCACUCCAGACAGUGAAAGCUCCUGUGCCAGUUAUUUCCUCUGCCAGCCUAGUAAGUCAGAAAGAAGCAAAUCAGCUCAUGUGCAUCGACCUUAACAUCUUGCAGCGACAUGCCAAGACUGCAGCUCUCUGGGAGUCUCAGCAUGUUGCUCUCAAUAAUGAAAUACUGGACACAGUACCUAAGCUGUACGUCAAUCGGGAAGAGCAGAUCACACUCCACUUGGAGUGCCGGGGAACGUCAAGUAAAGGCUGUCAGGGAGCAGCUCUCCUAACCGUACAGUUUGAAGGGAAACACAAAAACGAAGCAGUGAGCCAGCAGCUUCAUGCUUUGCAUAAGGAGGUGAGGCAGCUGCAGGCAGAAGCUAUGAAGCCACCUUCCCUGGGCGUUGUGGAAGCAGCAGUACACGUGGAGAACUUUAUAACAGCCUUAAUAAAUAUCUACAAAGUGCAGCCUAUGCCUGCAAUUAAGAAGGUUGGAAUUGGUUUGUUCUUCACACUAGUGGAGUACGUGUGUGACGAAACUCAACGCAACCCUCCUACCAGGCAGUUCUUCACAUCCUGCAUUGAAAUUCUAGGCCAGGUGUUCAUCAGCGGGACCAAAUCAGAAUGCAAACGUCUCCUCCAAACUGUCCUGCAGAAUCGAAGGCUCUGCACUCUUCUCUCUCCUUACUUCACUCCUGCUGCCUCUCCCAACGACUUUGUGACUUUAUAUGAGCAAGUUGUGGCCUUUCUGAGUGAGGAUACCAGUGAUGUUGUCUUCAUGCUGCUUACAAAGUUUGACCUUACACAGUGGUUGAGCGCUGCUAAGCCACUUCUGUCUGAACGUACCCAGCUUCUGGAGUCUAUUCACUUGGCUCUCAGUGCAUGUGGCCUUGAACCUGAAGAGGAUAUUUUGAUGCCAUUUAAUAUCUUCUGCAAACAUUGGACUAACCUUCUGCAGUAUCAGUUCCCAGAUCACUACAAUGAUUUCCUAAGACUGUUUGUGCAAAGCUCAUCAGAGCAGCUUCUAAGCCCUGACUGUUGGAAGGCAUCACUUAAAGCUUUGGGAUGUUCACUGGUGGCUGAACAGGGAAGCUUCAAGAAAAGUGAUUCUGCUGACAGCUCUGUGCUGCGAGAUGCCACAGAGACGCUCCUCUCCGCAGAGCAGGUUAGAGAGACAAUAGAAUGGCUUUCCACAUCGUUCUGCAAGCUGCGACUGGCGUCGGUGGACUUCAGGACUUUCGGCCUGUUCUCCAAGUGGAGUCCUUACGUGGCUCAGGUGAACACACUGCUGGAGUACCUUGUUCACAGAUGUAUCAACACCGAAGCUGCUGCUUUAGCCCUAGAGCCUCUUGGCAGUAGAAGAGUGCUAGCAGCAUUGCAGUCUUUGUAUUCAGUUAUUGUUGGACUCUUUAAGCCAUGGAUACUAGUCCUGGAGAAGGAAGAUGCAAGUAGCCAGCCCUGUUACCCUUGGUUAGAGAGUGACACUCCUGUAGCAUCCACCAUGGUCCACCUCUUCACAGAUUGCAUCAAGCUUUUGCAUGAAAGCUUUAAAGAUAAGCUGUUGCCAAGUCACCAUGGGGCUCUCUGGUUACAUUUAAUGCAUUACUGUGAGUGUUGCACAGCCCCCAAAAUGCCAGAGUUUAUUCUCUAUACUUUCCACACGGAGUUCAGAAAGCUCCCGUGGAAGGAAAUGCAUCCAGACCAAAUGCUUAUGGAAGAGUUCUUUAAGAUUGAAAGAGGCAGCCCCAAGAGUUGUUUCUUAUUCUUGGGUUAUGUUCUGUGUGAAAUAAACUGGGUCAGUGUCCUUUCUGAUGCCUGGAGUCCCAACCCUCAUCCUCAGACUCACAACAUGAUUGUCUGCUUGCUGUAUAUGAUGGUCCUGUUGGCAAAGGAGGAGCAACUUGUAGGCAAAGAGGAGUCGCCACUUAUAAAUCUUCUUGGACAGACCAGCUCCCUUCCCUGGCAGCUUGUGGGCAUUGCGUCUUAUCAGAGCAUCGUCAGCUACUGCAACAGUCACUACUCUCCCUCUGUUAUCCUUGCUAAGGGUGCUGCAGCUGAACUGAUAAUGAAGCUCCUGAAGAUCUCAGCAGGCUUUGGUGCAUCUUCAGAUAGUCACAUCCACCUUGAUGUGACGCUGAAAUGCCAAGCUUACAUUCGCCAGGUGGUUCAAUUUCUCAGCACCUUAGAACAAAGUGGAAAGAUUACCCUUGCAGCUUUGGAACAAGAAAUGUCCAACUUGCUAGAUGAUGUAGUCAUCUUUAAUCCUCCAGAUAUGGAUCUGCAAACACGUCAUAUGGCCCUCAGCAGCCUCUUCACAGAAACACUGAUGAUGAUGAACAAUUCCAGUGUUACCACAGCCGAGUCCCUGCAGGGGAGCCUGCGGCAGUGGAUUGACAGCAAAGUGCAUGGGGUGCUGGCAAUGCCCCUUCUGACCGCGGCCUGCCAGAGCCUGGCCUCUGUGCGACACAUGGCAGAGACCACAGAAGCCUGUAUCACUGCUUACUUCAAUGAAGAUUAUCCUCACAACCAGAAUUUAGGCUGGGGGCCUAUACUUGCUUCUCUCCAGGUUCCUGAGCUAACUAUGGAAGAAUUCUUGCAGGAGUGUCUGUCAUUAGGAAGCUACUUGACCCUCUAUGUCUACUUGCUGCAAUGCCUGAACACUGACCAAACUCUUAGCAAUGAAAUGAAAGUCCUGUUAACCAUAAGCAAAUGGCUGGAGCAAGUUUACCCAAGCUCAGCAAAGGAGGAGGCAAAGCUGUUCCUGUGGUGGCAUAAAGCCAUGCAGUUAUCCUUGGUUCAGAUGGAGCAAGAUGACGCUGUGCUGGUCGAAUCUGUCAGUCGGACACUGCUGUCAAUCCAGAGCAGGCAGAGUCAACUGGCUGAAGAGAGAUUGACUUCUGGAAUACUUGGUGCUAUUGGGCUAGGCAGGAGGUCGUCUUUGUCACCCAGGUUUCGAGUGGUUGCCCGCAGCCUGUCUGCCUUCCUCCUGGUGCAGAUUCCUGCGGAGGGUCAAGUCCGCCUGAAAGCAGGGGCAGAGCCCAAGCUGUCACAGAGGGCCCAGCAGGCACUGAACGCUCUUGAGGCUAUGGCAUCAAACAAACAAUACAUGGAUUAUCAAGGGCAGCUGUCCCAGGCUUCUCUGUUCAUCCAGCACCCAGAGCACUGUCUUCGAGACGGCAAUAACCUCCUGGCUCUGCUUAUUAACACUCUCUACCCGGAAGUGCAUUAUUUGGACAUCAUCCGGUAG